AUGUCUCAAUCGCAAGUCCUCCAAGCUCGCAAUGAGACAACCAGCAGACUCUAUGCAGACCCUCACAAUCCCCACCUCCAUCUUGAACGAGGCAUUCAGUAUGAAAAAUUGGGCUUCCCCGAUCUCGCCUCUGCAGAUGCAUACCGCGCAUUGGCGUUGCUAGAGUCAGUGGUUGACCCAGAUGAAUGCGAGUUCCAUGCAAGACGGAAGAUAGACCCUUCCCAGCAGGCUCCCGAGAAAGUGGCGAAUGAAUCAGAUGAUGAAGACGAAGAUGAAGACGAAGACGAAGACGACAACACUGUGCCCAUAACCCAAGAGGAAUACGAUGCCAUCAUUGACCAAGUGUAUGUCCUUCUAGUGCGCAGUCUUGUCCGCUGCGGUUGCUACCGUGACGCAUUUGAGUUCGGCGUGCGCGGUCUGGCCCUGCUCGAAAAGAGAUCUGCAACGGCAUCAGUAGCUGCUUUGAACGUGCAGAUGGACCGUUUGAAGCAAAUUUACAAAUCUCGCUCUGGCUCUGAAACUGAAAACAUCGACCUGAACUCAAUCGACACCAGUGUCCUCCCAGCACAAGGCUUCGCCCGCCGUGUCCUCUAUCCCUGGAACGAGCACGAGCCAGACCGCCGUUCACCAGAGACUCUCAACCUGCUUAACGAGCGGCUGGCAGUCAUUGCACCGAAAUGUGAGGUCCGCGCAGUGUCCUUGCCAGUGCUACAUGCCUCAGGAGAUGACGACUCGUCCAACAUGGAGGUCUCUGUUCAGCUGGGCCUGUUCGCGAAAGAAGAUAUCGCCCCAGACGAGAUCAUUCUCCGCGAGUCUUCACUGCUCACAGCAACCAACCGUCUGCACGAUGAUCUCUGCGACGCAUGCAACGCACCGCUGCCAGAACUGUCCGCCGAUGAGCCCCCUGUUGCUUGUGAGGGAGGUUGCGUAGAUAUCAUCUUUUGCAGUCAGAAAUGCCAUGACACAGCGCAGGAGGUGUACCACGGCGCCAUCUGUGGUCUCGAGGAUGGUCUCGACUCUAUUGGAAAGGAUGUCGCUGACCCCAAGGAUAAGGCCGAUUACCUGUACCUUCUUCUACUGGGCAGGGCGCUUGCCAUGUCUGCCACACAGGAUAAGCACCCGCUCGACCUUCCGGAAGUGAAAUACAUCUGGGGCGAUUUCCACGAUUUCAAUAUUGAGUCUGUUGUCUCCACAGAAGCAGAGACAACGCCCGCCACAGACGAUACUGCCACUCUCCCCUUCUCGUUCCAGCUCAAUGUCCUGCAGCCGGAGCGUUUCCUUGACGAAAUGGGCCUGGACCCCUAUACCGUGCUCUACCGCUAUGAUACAUGGGUUCUGAAUACGCUGUUUGCUAAGUUCCGUGGUACGGCGUCGGGCCGGCUGUCAACUUGGGAUGGAGGUCCCGAGUUGUGCGCUGUUCAUCCGAUGUGGUGUCUCGCGAACCAUUCGUGUAAUCCUAAUGUGACGUGGGAAUGGAGUAGCGAGAUUAAUUUCCGCGCGCGGAGAGACGAUGAGACCGCUGUUUGGUCGCGCGGGGCUGAGAUGAAGGAGCUUAGGCGUGGGGGUAUUGCGAAGGAUUCGGAGAUCCUGAAUCAUUAUUGUGAUAUUGGGUUGCCGGUUCAGAAGAGGAGAGAGUGGGCUGCUGGGGCUUUGGGCGGCACUUGUCUGUGUGAUAGGUGUGUUUGGGAGGCUGGGGAGGUUGAGUAG